AUGUUUGUCAUUAAAUCAAAGGAGUUAAAAACAAAUGUUAAUGUCGUAAGUGAGGAUAUUGUUGGUGAUCCGGCUUCUCUUAAAAUUGAAGAUGAAACAAAAUUUUUUUAUAAAUCAAAAAUUUACACUGGCCGCGUCAUUAAGAAAACUGAUCCCAAACUAAAACGCAAGAGAGACAAAAAAAGAAGUUACUCUCCUUCGGAUUAUGAUAAGAAAUCCAACAAAUCAAAGGAAAAUGAUAAACAAGCUAAGAAAUCAAAAAAGUUAAAAAAAGAUGAGUCCAGUUCAUCUAGUGAAAACUCGGAAGAUGAUAGUAAAUCUAAAAAGGAUGAAGUGUCCGACAUUAGUUCAUUAGAAGAUUCAACCGAAAAUCUUGAAAAGCCAAAAAGGACUGGAAAGGUAGAUAAACACUCUAGUCGUAGAGACGAUUCAUCCGAUCGUUCGGCCCUUAACAAGAAAGACUCUCUACCUAAAGAGGGAAAAAAUACAUCCUCAAAGACUGAUUCGCCUUCGGCUUGUGAAAACUCUACACGGGAAAGUACGAAAAAUGAUGAGGUAGAUAACAAUGGCAGAGAGUUAGAAGUUCAACAAUCAAGUUUAGACAAUGAUGAUCAUCUCUUGGGCGUUGCGAGUGCCGAUAUGGUCCUGUUAAAAAAUAACAUUUACGUGAAAAAGACCGUGUUAGAUACAGCAAAACGUACAUCUUCUCAAGCAUCGCACCUUGCAAGACAACUAUUAGAAGGGGUGAUAAAAGCAGAAAUCUUACAACGCAGCACUUUAACCGGAAAGGCAAUGAGGGGAAAGAAAGAUCCAAACGUUUUACCGUUGCAUGGAGGUGCCAAAGAUGCCAUCGUUGCGUAUGCUCAAGAAAUAGCUCGGGAAAAACAUUGGACGGCUCAGGAUGUUAAAACUAUUGAGAAAAGUAUAGGUCAGAAACUUACGGAAAUCAGAAAUGCACACAAGAAAAAUCUGGAAAUUCGUCAAGCUUAA